CUAUCAGACCGGCAGUGGUGUUACACCGACUGUUGACGGUGUAACACCACACUGGAGAAGACGCUUGCAUCCCUUCAUUGUAAAUUGUUUUUUAGCUCCAUUUAUUCUCCUUUAAAUAUCUUUAAUUCAUCGUAAAUGAGUUGCAGCGGAGACAGCGAUGAUGACAGCAGUUGUAAGCGGAAGGUGGCUUAUGUUUACAGCCCGGAAUACAUCCAGACUUGCGAUAGUUUAUCCAAAGUACCAAACAGGGCAAGUAUGGUCCACUCACUGAUAGAAGCCUACGGACUCCUUAAACACAUGAGCGUCGUUAAACCUCAGGUAGCGACCAUCGAGGACAUGGCCAAGUUCCACACAGACUCUUACCUGGAGCAUCUUCACAAGAUCAGCCAGGACGGAGACAACGACGACCCGCAGUCCGGAGACUACGGCCUGGUCAGCUGUGACUUCAGGUUUUCAUGCCGCGGCCCUCCUCCUCCUCAUCCACCUCCUCUUCAUCACAUCUCCUCAUCACAUCCAGAUCUUCAGCAUCAUCACCAGUGUCUCGACCCCGGGGGGUUCCCUAUAUGCUCACGGCUGCAUUUCCCCCUUUAAGGUAGGGACACACCAAGCUGACGCCAAAGAACUCACACAGACUGCUGUGUCGCCUCAGAUAUACCACUUCAGGAUCGGGGUCUAAUCGCCAAAGACUUCACAUUUAUCAUAUGACAUGUGUCAAGAAAUGUUCUUUAAACAAAAUGAAGUCUCUCCUGAUUGAACUGUAAAUGAGCAACACAUCAUUAUGUGUUUCUUUACCAGGUCAAAUGUCUGCGUUGAAAAAGGACUUCAUCUCUCCUGCUCCAUGUUUAAGGGGGCCUCUGUUCCUCAAGCUUCUGCACUUUAACGUUGCUUUUUAAAAACUGACACGUUAUUGACAUGUAUAUUCACAUUAAGUGUGUAACUUGGGUUUUUCCUUUUGCACUUAAAAGCACCAAGUCUUUAAAUCAACUUACAGAAAGUGUAUUUAGUCAGCAUUCAACAGCGUUAGCUCCCAGGAGGUGUUGCAGGUGGAGCAGGGGCUAGUUCCACUCAUUCCUGUGGAUCCAUACAAUCUUUGAUCUCGGUACUUAUUUUAAUGUUCAUUCAUAUUCCCAGAAAUGUCUUCGGCUUUUGGGAAAGACAGUUCAAAAGAUAACUGAUGAACAACAACCUAAAGUAAAAUAAUCAUAGCUGGAGAACCAAAUCCUGGUGAUCAAGUCGUUGUUGGAUUUUUCAUAUGUUGUGUCAAUGUGAUUUGAAUGAAGAUGUCCUUACCCGUAACAGUCAUUAUUUAUUCAACUUAGAACAUGGAAAGAAUCCCCAGGAGCAUUUGUAAUCUUAUUAGGAAGACUGCUGAGAGAUAAAAUGUAUUAUUAUUAUUAUAUCUGAGAAGUGAUCAGGACGAACAGAAAGAGCAAAACGAAAAGAGAGUU